UUUUGUUAAAUACGUGAUUUUUCUCCUUCACUGAUGUGCGUUAAUGAGGCUGCAGUGAUGGGCACUGAUAGGCUGCACUGAUGGACACUGAUAGGUGGCACUGAUUGGCAGCACUGAUAGGUGGCACUGAUUGGCAUUGAUAGGUGGCACUGACUGGCACUGAUGGGUGACACUGAAAGGCAGCUCAGAUGGGCACUGAUAUGUGGCAUUGAUGUGCACUGGUAUGCACUGAUAUGUGGCACUGAUGGGCACUGGCACGUGGCACUAAUGGGCACUGGCACUGAUGAGCACUGACAGGUGGCACUUCUGGGGCCACACUGA